AAUAUUGGUGAAUAAUAUAAAGAAAAAAAUGAACAAUCUUUCUUUCUGAUUUUCCUCUCUACAUGGAUGGUUUCUUCUUCCUCUUUCUUCAACCUAAACACAACAACAACAUUAACAACAACAGCAACAACAAAAGAAACCCUAAUUUCAAGUCGCCGUUUCUUUAAUCAAACCUUAAAAAGAUAUAAACUGAUCAGGAUGAAUGUAAGUGCAGAAAUGGCAUCAAUCUGGUAGAGAAACUAACGUCAUUUGAUGUGUAAGUAUCUGAAUUUGGAGGCGGAGUAAUGGAAGCUAAUAUAUGUGAUAUUAGUCACUUGGAUGCUGAUGUCCUUUUACCUCCACGGAAGCGCUUGCUUGCCGGAUUCAAGAAACAGAGCUCUGACAGCGAUGCUGCUUUGCCCCCUCCUGCAAUCGCUUCCUCCUCGUCCUCCGCGUCUCCAUCUUCUCCAACUCUUCCCUUUCCAUCUCCAUCUCCUCCAUUUCCAGCUCCUCAUUCUCCAUCUUCAUGUGAAUUUCAAGCCCAUCUCAGCAAUCUUUUGGGUUCUCAUUUUAAUAAUAAUCACAAUCUUUCACCUGAACAGAUUGUAGAGGCCUCAAAAUCAGCGGCUAAUGCUGCUAUUAAGGCUGCAGAAGCUGCUAGAACUGCAGCUCAAGAGAAGGCUGUUAUUGCAGCAAAAGCUGUGACAGCUGCUAAGAGCGCUUUAGCUUUAGUUGCAUCUUUUCCUGAAGAGACAGUUAGCAAGGAGAGAUACUUGAAAAAAAAUAAGCUGAAGAAGCAUGUUCAGGUGCAGCUUUUGUACAAAAAACACCAACCUAUUAAGAAUUGUAGGGAUGAUGAAGAGCUAGCUCGUAAGUUGCAUCGGGUUAUGAACAGCUCCCCUAGAAUUUCAAAAAACUCUCCUAGUUCUGAAUUGAAGGGUCAUAAAAAUAAGAAGCCUAAAAGCUCAUCAACUUCUGAGAGAACUCGGGUUUCUAAUGGGAAUGUACCACUUGUACGAAUUCCAUCUUCUAUGUGCAAUGGACAUGCUAUAGCAGGUGAAUUGGAUUCCGAGGGCUCCAUUGAUGAGGUUUGCACAAGUAUGGUAGAUGAGAAGACAUCGAAAGACGAAAAAGCCACCCAAUUAGAGACGGAGAAUGGGGAAGCAGAAUCAAGUCACUCAAAGGAGAAAAUAUGGGGAGAUGCAGGUUCACCUGGUAAAAAGAGGGGAAGACUGAAACUAAAGAAGUUGCCAUUAAGCAUUUGUAGCUCUAGGGAUCAAGCAAACCCAAAGGAUGAAAUGCUUCCUAGAAGCUCCCCAUUGACUGAUAAGAACAUGGGCAAUCCUACUGCUCGUAGUAAGCCAGUGUAUUCUAUGGAGACUUCUGCUGAUAACCUUGUGGAGGUUGCACCAAUGCGGAAAUGUCAGGAGUUCAAGCCACCUGCAUGUAUUAAACAAAAUAAAGUCAUCCAGUCAUGAUUGUCAAAUCCUUCCGAUAACAGGUUGUGACUGUAAUAGAAGUUCAUAGCUGAGGUAGGAUUUGUGAUGCUCUUUUUUAUAGAAACGGCUUUAUUUGAUUUAUCUUUUCCGUUCAUCUUUGGUUUUGUAAUGAAGUUGAACUGAUUAAAAGAAAAUGUAUAUUUUCAAAGUUCAAUUGGUUGCUGGCAAUUAGUGGUUGAAACUCUUGCCUUCCUCUUCCUUGAACUACAAAAAGAUUAUUCGUAACCUAUUUCAAAGGUUGCUUUAGAUGACAUCAAAAUUUGAAGUGUUAUAGCAAAAUAAAGCAGUGAAUGUAGAUGAUUUCUUCCUUUU